AUGAUUUAAGACACUUCGAAAGACACUAUCAAAUGCACAUACAAAAGAGGUCUGGUUGAAUAGGAAGCACCAACACCACAUUCGAAUAGCAAAUAUAUUCCAUAUAAGAAGAUAUAUGAUGAUGCCUUAGAUGCUAUAGGACAUACUCCUGUAAUUCGUUUGAAUAAGAUUCCAAAAGAAUAUGGUUUGAAGUGUGAGGUGUUAGUGAAAUGUGAAUUUGUUAAUAUAGCUGGAUCAAUAAAAGAUAGAAUAGGAGUAAGAAUGAUAGUUGAUGCAGAAAAAUAAGGGAGAUUAGGACCUGGUAAAUCAAUAGUAGAAGCUACUUCUGGAAACACUGGUGUAGGUUUAGCAUUAGCAUGUGCUGUAAAAGGAUAUCCUUUAUAUAUAACAAUGCCAGAAAAGAUGUCAUAAGAAAAGUAAGAUGUUUUAACAGGACUUGGAGCGAAAGUUAUUCGAACACCAACAGAAGCAGCUUGGUAUGAACCUGAAUCAUUGAUAUAAGUGGCAAAAAGGAUGGCAGCUGAGAAUCCUGAUAUUAUACUUUUAGAUUAAUAUUCAAAUCCAUCAAAUCCAUUAGCACAUUAUGAAGGGACAGCUGAAGAAAUAUUAUGGGCAUGUGAUGAUAAAUUGGAUGCAAUAGUAAUGUCAACUGGAACAGGAGGUACAGUCACUGGAGUAGGUAGAAAAAUGCAUGAGAGGAUACCUACAUGUAAGGUUAUAGCUGUUGAUCCAUAUGGAUCUGAUUUGGCAUUACCUUCAGAAAUUAAUAAGACUGAUAUCAAAUCAUAUAAAGUUGAAGGAAUUGGAUAUGAUUUCAUACCAAAAGUACUUGAUAGAGUAUAUAUUAUUUUUAUUUCAAAUAGACAGAAGUUGAUUAUUGGAUUAAAUCUAAUGAUAAAGAAAGUUUGAAUAUGGCACGUAAAUUGAUGUCAUAAGAAGGACUUCUUUGUGGGGGAUCAUCUGGCGCUAAUGUUUGGGGAGCACUUGAAUGGGCUAAAUCACAAAACUUUACAGAAUAAUAAAGGGUAAAUUAUUAAUUUAUUCAUUAGAUUGUUGUUAUCUUACCAGAUAAUAUUAGAAAUUAUAUGACAAAACAUUUAAAUAAAACUUGGAUGAUUGAAAAUUAAUUGAUAUCUUAUGAUGAAUUAAAAGAAUCAGAUCAUCCUUUAGCUGGAAAACCUAUCUCUUUACUUAAUCUACCAGAAAUUAUUCCAUUAGAUUUAGAUACUACUUCCAUUGCAUAAUGUCUAGACUACCUAAGAGUUUAUCCUGCUGUUCCAUUAUCAAAAAAUGGAAAACUCAUCUCAGUUGUCUUUUAAAAAAAAUUAUUAACUGCUUUAGUUGACAAAAAACUAAAUAAUGUAUAAUAUAGUAUUUAUUAUAUUAGAGAGAUUUAGCUAAAAAAGUACAAUCCAAAGAAUUUGUUAUCAUUCCAUAUUCAUUAGAUUAAAAUUAAUUAGAAAGAAUAGUAGAAAGACAUGAAAUAGUUUUUAUUGAAGAUGGAGAAAAAUUGAGAUACGCAACUCCUAAAGAAUUAUUAUCUAUUUUUUGAAAAUAUAUAUAUUAUUCAAG